CGAAAGUUUCCCUCCUCGGAGCAGCUCGCCGCUCUGCCAUUAGCCGUGUGCUGCUGCUUCCUAGAUCUGCUGCCUCUCGCCCUCUUCUGCCAUGGUGGUCACACGCUGGGGGAUCUGCUCUGCAGGGAAGAUCGCCCACGACUUCCUGGUCGCCCUGAAGACUUUGCCACCCGAGGAUCACAAGGUAGCAGGGGUGGUUUUUGAGAGGGAAAGCACUUGGGCAUCAGAAACCCAUUUUCUAUCAUUAGCUUCCUGUCGGAGGAGGUGGCACCCCUGUGCUUGGGGUUUUGCCACCAUUUCUCGUAAGAAACAAGAUCCAGUCCAUGUUCCAUGGUUUGGAGAACGGCUGUUCUCUUUGAAGCAGCUAGUCAGUCCACAACACAGUGGUACCUCGGGUUAAGAACUUAAUUCAUUCUGAAACUGUUCUUAACCUGAAGCACCACUUUAGCUAAUGGGGCCUCCUGCUGCUGCCGUGCUGCCGCUGCACGAUUUCUGUUCUCAUCCUGAAGCAAAGUUCUUAACCUGAAGCACUAUUUCUGGGUUAGCGGAGUCUGUAACCUGAAGUGUCUGUAACCUGAAGCAUCUGUAACCCGAGGUACCACUGUAAUUAUUUAAAAAUAAAAGAGAAUGCUGGAAUAGAUGGGCUUCUGGCUUGAUCUGAUGUUCUUAAAUGACGGGUUGAUCCAAACUCAUAGGUACUCACAGUUUCCUGUUCCAUGAACCUUCUGCCAAAUCUGAGACUUUCAUCUCCUUGGAGCAACAGCUGUCUCAUGCUUAGGUUGUUAAAUACCACAUACAGUGCUAUUUUUAUAGAAAAAGAAGAGCCAGAACUCACCAUGAGCGCCUCCCUUGUUCCAUUAUAAUGGCAACAGCACCCACAUGAGAGAUGAUAGAACUGAGUUCUGGCAAGUUGUAGCUGAAAGAAAGCCCUGAUGGUGUCUCAUUCCAAAGACUUUUAUGAACUGAAAGUGGAGAUGCUAUUUGUACUUUUCCUUGUUUAUUUGUUUGUUUUCACAACAAAAUUUUUAAUAAAAGCUAAUUUGAUAAUAAAAGGUACCGCAUACAGCAGAUAGGUGACUUGUGUCGGAGGACCGGGAGCUGGACAGAUGGACAGAACCAGGAGAAGUAUUGCUGGAGAGGGCUCUCAAUAGCUGACCCCAACUCACCAUCCCAGCUAGGAAAUGAUGAGAUUUAGGUGGCUUCAUGCAAAGAGAAAUGAAACUCUGAGUGUGAGACUAAGUCUGUGUACACACCACACAUUUAAAGCAGUUUCCGCCACCCCACACUGAAAAGAAUCAUGGGAACUGAAGUUUACCCAAGACAGAAUUACAAUUGCAGCACUCUUAGCAAACUAAGGUUCCCAGGAUUCUUUUCUGGGGGGGAAAUGUGCUUUAAAUGUAUGGUGCAUAUGCAGUCACAGAAACUAGACUGUCGCCAUUUUCUUCUGAGAAACACAUUUUUGUAUGCCGCUUUGACUGAUGUGCACAUUUUUGCAAGCAAUUUCUCCUGAUAUAAUGCGUUCUUAUAUAUAUAUAAUUUUCGCUGGUAUAUUCGUUUUCAGGAAGAGUUUCCCCUGAUAUGUGUAUUGUUGUAAGCAUUGUUAGGUUGGAGAACUUGCAUCGCAAAACUCAGAUAAGUGCCACUUUUGAAAGAUGGCUGUGGUGGAAUCUACACACCACGUGUUAAAAACAUGAAAAUGCUUUUUUUAAAAAAUCGUUUUGAUAAAUGCGUUGAAUUUGCUAUAGCUCACCACCGCCACCUAGUGCCACAGUUGUAUAUUGCACUUUGCAACACAUUCACAACGUUUUAUUUGCAGCUGUAUAGCCGAGUCCUAAGUUUCCAUUCUCACGCUGUUUUGGAAACCGCAAAUUUGAUAUAUCUGGCUUUAAAUGUGAACCCCAUCACAUUUCUCUUGCAUCCCUACCCAGAAGUGACCAGAGUGGAAGACAGAAAAUGAGUGGGAUGGGGUUAGGCUCUGUGAACACUUUCAGCAGCUUUUUGUCCUAGAGAUCUGAAGGGGGAGUUUGGGACCCAAGAAUCCUGAGAACUGUAGUUAACCCCCUGACCUACAGCACCUUUAACAGACUACAGUUCCUGGGAUUAUUGGGGGGUGCGCUAUACAUGUCUGGUGUGUACACAGCCCAAGUAUUUUUUUUGUUUUUGUUUUCUUUUGAGUUCGGGAUUUUUACAUACAUUAUAUUAUCUCCUUCCAAUUUUUAAAUUUCCAGUACAAUUUUUUUCCUUCCCCCCUUCCCCCCACCCCAUAUCCAUUGGAAGGGUUCAAAUAAUUAUCCUCAGCCACGGGCAUAGCGUCUUUAGUUUCCACCAAAUGUCUUUUGUUCCAGUAGUUUCUAUCCAUUGAAGAUAGGGGUUCCAUCUGUUCCUUAUUGUGGUGGACUUGACCUUGCACGUUGUUUCCUGUGACAUGACUACAACAAUGUCUAACUGAAUAAAUUCAAACAAAUAACUAUUCCAUGCCUCUACUGUCCAUUUUUCUCUCUCUUUCCAACCUAAAGCUAUCGUUGCCUUUCCCACUAAAAUCAUAGCUUUGAAGGUAAGCUGGUCACCUUUCCAGGUGUUUCCAGGUAUACCCAUUGUCAUGAAAUCAAAGUUUAUUGAAAGCUUCACUUUAAAAUUUUCAUUAAUAACCUUUAGGAUUUUAUUCCAGAAUUCCUUUACCUCUGGGCAUUCCCAGCACAUAUGGGGAAACCAUCCCUUGGCUAGUUUACAGUGCCAACAGUUAGAAUUCAAUCCUGCUACCAUAUUAGCUAGCUGGGCUGGAGUUCUGUACCAUUUUAGAAAGAAUUUUAAUUCCAGCUCUCCACAGCCCAAGUGUUUAACCUGUGAGCCCCACCUAUGGCGCAGGUGCUAGAACUGGAGGCAUGUUUGCAGACGACUUCUGUUUUUCGUUAUUGGUUGCAUGCGCUGGAGAGUGUUUGGUUGACUCUGUUUGCAAAGUGCUUCACUGUGCCUUGUGCGUCGGUGUUUGUCCUAGAAGGAGAGAGGGAGGCAGCUGUGGGACUGAAGCCCAGAGCUUGUGACCUCAAUUGGCAGCAGAAACUUCCUCUCAGCUUCGAGAAGACGCCCUUCCUGGAUUGCUGCUCCCUUUCUGGCCUCUCUAGGAAAUGGCUUGCGCUGGAACGUAAUAACCCUUCUCACUCCUUUGGUGACAAGGAUCCUUCUACACAGGCACUUGACUUUGUAAGCAGCCUGGCAGAUAUCACAAAUGGGUUGUUGGCCACAUCUUUAAAACAAAAACAACUCUUCAGAUUUUCUCUGGAAAGGGAAGACAAUCCUGUUCACAAGAAGCUGGCCUAAAGCUCGCCCGUACAGUGGUACCUCGGGUUACAUACGCUUCAGGUUACAUACGCUUCAGGUUACAGACUCCGCUAACCCAGAAAUAGUACCUCGGGUUAAGAACUUUGUUUCAGGAUGAGAACAGAAAUCAUGUUCCAGCGGCGCAGCGGCAGCAGGAGGCCCCAUUAGCUAAAGUGGUGCUUCAGGUUAAGAACAGUUUCAGGUUAAGAACAGACCUCCGGAAUGAAUUAAGUACUUCACCUGAGGUACCACUGUAUUGCAUACCCUCCAAGUGUCCCUAUUUUCCAGGACAGUCCCGGAUUUACAGAAGCCGUCCCGGUUUCUGAUUUGACCUUGGAAUGUCCCACUUUUCCUUAGGACGUCCCUAUUUUCACUGGAUAAAUGUUGGAGGGUAUGGAGUAAUGGAACCCCUGAGCCAAGGAGAUAAGUAACUAUACAACCUUUAAAAGACAUAUGAAGGCAGGUGUCUGAAAGCAUCGGAAGGUAUAUGGCUUCGUAAGUUCAGCUGAGCCAAGGUCAAGGGACUUAAGGGGCAGCUGAGCCACAAAUCAAGCUGUGGAGACAAAGAUCCACUGGAUCCUAAAAUGCUCAUCCUGGUGGAUCCUAGGCAUAGGAUUGCCCCCUCAAUAAGGGGGUGGAAUGGGUUGGCAUUUUGAUACCUAAGACAUAAUGCAGGCACUAUAAGAAAGUUGCGGGGGGGGGAGGAUGAGUUCCUGCCCGUUAACUCUUUUUUCUCCUCCAGGUAGUGGCCAUUGCUUCUCGCGACCUCAGCCGGGCUCAGCAAUAUGCCAAGAUCCACGGCAUCCCCAAGGCCUACGGCUCGUACGCAGAACUGGCGGAGGAUGCUGAUGUUGGUGAGCUGCCUUCCCUCCUCAAACAGGGCUGGGGGACUCGUGGCUAGAGAGAGGGCAACUCCCAUCAGCCUUGACCAUCCUUGGCACUGCCGGCCGGGACUCAUGGGAACAGGAGUCCAGUGACAUCCGGCAGGCCCAUCCUUGCCCCCAAAACUGAGUUCCCACUUCUGUGAGUAUAAAACUUGCUUCCCAGCCUUCUUCCAAGGGCUGCUGGGGAGACCUGGGUGGUCUUCCAGGGAUUCAAGCAGGACAAUCCCAGCUCUUUCUGGAGAUGUCAGGAAUUGAACUCGGGUCCUUCUGACAACGAGCUACUAUGGCCUUUCCUUCGAGGCAGUGCUGGGGUCUUUCCAGGUGCUCUGACCUCACUGUCUGUCCAAGGCUGAUGCCUGGUGCGAAGCGUCUGCAGCCUUUCUCAACCUGUGGGUCCCCAGAUGUUGUUGGACUACAACUCCCAUCACCCCUUGCUAGCAAGGCCAGAGCUCAGGGAUGAUGGGAGUUGUAGUCCAACAACAUCUGGGGACCCACAGUUGAGAACCACUGCCUUAGGGCUUGUGCCUGCCAGCUCUCUUACAGACAAUGCCACAUGGCUACUACAGGAUGAUAAAACAGGAUCUGUCCCCUGAGGAACACUGGUGCCCUUUGUAUCCUUCGCUUGCAAGUUUCUGAAGCUUUUUAAUUAUUAUUUUUAGGAACAAAGGAUCUAUUGAGGUGUCGUAGCGACACACUUCUUGGAAAUAUAAUUUGUGGCCUUUCUAAACUCUCUCCUCAGAAAGAAAGAAUCUGUUAUCUAUGUGCCUCACCACUUUUUGCUACAUCUAAGAAAAAGCUUCUGUGCUGGUGAGCAGCUGACUCAGCAAACACGGACAUAUCAGGCUCAUCUGAUUACCUCCCUUCUUUCUGCCGAGGUUAUCCAAGGUUAUGUUGGGAGCCAGCAGGAGCUUGAGAUGUGGGGUAUUUAAUUGGUUACCAUAUGCGCAAUGCGUAACGCUUGAUUUGAUUCCCUGUUGUAUGAGGGGCUGGCACUCGUCUGUGCCAGGGGUUCUUUUGUUAGCAGACUGCUUGACAAUAAUGUAGUGUGCAAAACUAAAGCAGACUUGGCUCUGUAUACCUGAAGGAGGGUCUCCACCCCCAUCGUUCAGCCCGGAUGCUGGGGUCCAGCUCUGAGGGCCUUCUGGUGUUUCUCUCAUUGUGAGACGUGAGGUUACAGGGAACGAGGCAGAGGGCCUUCUUGGCAGUGGCACCCUCCCUGUGGAAUGCCCUCCCAUCAGAUGUCAAACAGAUAAACAACUAUAUGACUUUUAGAAGACAUCUGAGAGCAGCCCUGUUUCAGGAAGUUUUUAAUUUUUGAUGUUUCAUUGUGUUUUUGUAUUUUGUUGGAAGCCACCCAGAGUAGCUGGCGUAACUCAGUCAGAUGGGCAAGGUACAAUUAUUAUUAUUGUUGUUGUUGCUAUUAUUUAUUUAUUUAUUUAUUUAUUUCCAGCAUGCAUUGACCUUCCAAGUAGAGCUGAGACUGGGUCACGAAAAGCAAAUCAAAAGAAGCAUGGAGACAAGAUAUUUUACGAUAGCCAGUCCUUUCAAGCAAUACCUCUAUUGUUAGCUUGAGAACAAUAUUUCAGAUUACCCUAUGCACCCUGCAAAGUUUGUUUUUUGUUACCCAGUUCUUUCCCGUAGCCAUUAGGUGGACUGUGAGUCUGAUUCACUUUAGCACACUUUAGUACUGUCAGGCAGUCUGCUAACAAAAGACUUCCCUGCAAGGACUGCCCAAAUCGUGGAAAAAAUCGCUGCUGCCUCUUGACAUUGGCAACAAACACUCAAUACUCGUGGGGCAUAAAAAAGAUUAUCUGAACUGCACAGAACUAAGUAGGUGGGUAGAAUCAGGGUCUUUUCCACUGUCUCUCGCCCACCCCCCAUUUCCUGCUGGUCUUGGCUAUGUAUUCACUCUCUCAAAUCUCUGUUACAGAUGUGGUCCACAUCGGGGUGGUGAAUCCAUACCAUCUCCCUACCAGCCUCCUCUUCAUCCAGGCUGGGAAGAACGUGCUGUGUGAGAAACCGCUGGGCAUGAACACCGCGGAAGUGAAGGCCCUGGUGCAGGCAGCUCGGCAGAAGAACGUCUUCUUCAUGGAGGUACAAGGCAAAGGCAGUCCCCCUGAAGCAGAGGCAGACUUAGGGGAUCACAACCGGCCCGUCCACACUGGGUGCCAAGCCUAGAGGGCAUUGCAACAACGAUGAACAACGGCAAGCAAGAGGCGGAGGGGGGCGAGUGUUGGCAUCGCACAGCGGCAUUCAGCGCCGCUGGAAUUUCAAAACCCAAUGUCCACCACAGCCUGUUGGUUCACAUAUAAUAAUAAUAAAAUUAAAUUUUAUUUAUAUCCUGCCCUCCCCAGCGGAAGCUGGGCUCAGAGCAGCUAACAACAGUAAAAUGAUAAAGCAUUCUAAAAUCAUUUCAUUAUAAAAUUAAUUCCAAUCAAAUUAAUGGCAACCGUUGGGCUAGAAGUUCUGUGAGGAUUGCCAAAGGAGGGAGUCAGGCUGUGCCCUGGCCAAAGGACUAGUGGAACAGCUCUGUCUUGCAGGCCCUGCGGAAAGAUGUCAGGUCCUGCAGGGCCCUAGUCUCUUGUGACAGAGCGUUCCACCAGAUCGGAGCUACAGCCGAAGAAGCCCUGGCUCUGGUUGAGGCCAGCCUAACCUCUCUGUGGCCUGGGACCUUCAAGAUGUUUUUGUUUGUAAGUUCCUCUGUGGGACAUACCAGGAGAGGCGGUCCCGUAGGUAUGAGGGUCCUAGGCCGUAUAGGGCUUUGAAGGUUAAAACCAGCACCUUAAACCUGAUCCUGUACUCCACCGGGAGCCAGUGCAGCUGGUAUAGCACUGGGUGAAUGUGAUCUGGCAGCGAGGAUCCCGUAAGGAGUCUCGCCGCGGCAUUCUGCACCCGCUGGAGUUUCACCAAACCAUGGCUUAGGGCUUAUCCACGCUUACUUUUCCUCUGCUCUUUCCAAGCAUGGCCUGCACUUUAAUGUUCCACGUCCAAGCACCCUUUUUUUGGCUUCCCCCACAAAAACCCUCUCUUUAAAGCUGAAUCAGAGCAAACGGCAACCCAUGAAAGUCUCAAAUUGCCAUUUGCUCCAAAUGAGCACUAAAGAACGUGUUUUUCUCAGGGAAAGCUCCAGGGCAAAAAAAAAAAAGGUCCCUUGGACAUGGAACUUUAAAGUGUGGACCUCUGCCUGGAAAGAGCAGGGCAAAAGGUAAGUAAGGAUAAGCCCUUAGUGCCAACUAGCAAAGGUGCAACUUCCUAGAGCGGAGAUCCCACUCUUGCCUAGGUCCUUCUGCUGCCACAUUGCUGUGAGCUAAGCUACAAUUUGCCUGAGCAUUAGAAUCAAAUCCAGGGUUGUGGUUUGUCUGGGGGAGUGGUAAACAAAGAGUAAGCGUUGCAGCUCAUGCUUUGCCUGGAGCAAACUGUGAGCCUGGGUUUGGACAUAAUGCUAAACCAAACCAUGGAUUAGCCCCAUGUAACACAGCAGCAGCAGCAAGACCAGGGGAGGAACAUAGCAGCUGCAGUCUUUACUGUGGAGUCCUGUAUGUUUGCUUCUUUGCGCUAAACCAUGGUUUAGCUUAGCAUUAUGUUCAAACCAAGUCACUGGCUAUGUUUGGACGUGAUUACAAACCAUGGUUUAUUGUGGUGUGAACCAGCCUAGCCUCCCCACCCACCAGGCUUAGACAUCUUUCCCCCUUGAACAUUUGACUCCUGUUUUUGAUUAAUUGCCGCUCAUUGCAUCAUCUGCACUUAUGGUUUGUUUGAAGCAAGCUUGCUCCAAACCAUAGGUUACAAAACUGACUUGUUUAAACAAGCCAUAGUUAAACUUAGCUAUGGUUUAGGGUUCAAAUAUAAACACUAAACUGUGGGGAAUUCAAAUGGGAAGCAAAUCUAGCCACCCUGGAGGCGGGGGGGAAACCCUGCUGGAAACUAGACCCCCAAUGUUUUGGCAUUGCUUGUGGAAAUGCUGUUUCUUCUGGCCCAGCACUAGAAGUCCAAAAGGGCUGGCAGCCGGUUGCCAGCAUUCGAACCAACCCUUCUACCUGCUGCCCUAACACAGCCUUCCCUAGCUGCGUGCCUUCCAGAUGUUUUAGACUACAACUCCCAUCAGGUUGGCCAAUGGUCAGGGUGAUGGGAGUUGCAAUCCAGCAACAUCUGAAGGUUCAGCCAUUCUUGGCAUCAAACCCCCCAUGUUCUUAAGCAGGGGUAGGCAACCUAAGGCCUGGGGGCCAGAUGUGGCCCAAUCACUUUCUCAAUCUUGCCCACGGAAGGUCCAGGAAUCAGCGUGUUUUUACAUGAGUAGAAUGUGUCCUUUUAUUUAAAAUGCAUCUCUAGGCUAUUUGUGGGGCAUAGGAAUUUGUUCAUUUCCCCCCAAAAAAUAUAGUCCGGCCCACCACAUGGUCGGAGGGACAGUGGACCGGCCCACAGCUGAAAAAGGUUGCUGACCCCUGUUCUUAAGACUAUCAAAAAUGCAAACUGAGGGUUUUAUCACUGUAUGCACAGCUUGAAGAAUAAUUUUUUUGCCUUGCUCGCAUCUUUAUGGGGUUUCACGUAGCUUUUCUUAAUAAAGGACUAGCUCUGGAUAUUCCCCCCGCCCAUGUGCCAACAUGGCUACCUGCAAUUUUUGUACGCCAGGGUCUGUGGACACGUUUUUUCCCUGCUUCAGAGAAGAUCCGUUCCUUGCUCAGCCAGGGUUCCAUCGGGGAUGUGAUGGUGUUACAUGCUGAAUUUGGGAGCCCGCAACUCUCCAUCCCCAGAUGUGUGGAGAAAGAGCUGGGGGGAGGUGGCCUUCUGGAUAUUGGCUGCUAUUGCAUCCAGUUUGCCUGCAUGGUCUUCAAUGGAGAGAAGCCGGAGUCCAUUCUGGCCUCUGGAUUCCUGCAUGAUACAGGUGAGUACUUGGCUGGUCACUUUCCUUGUCAGGGGAAGAAGUAAGGCGUUUCAGAAAUUGUCCAUCAAGGAAACCAAAUGAAAAAAAGGGCUGGUCCAAGUCAUGAGACAGAAAGUUCCUACAGUAUUUAAGGUGCCCUCCUUAAAUAAGUAUCUUCUUCUUCUUCUUCUUUGGCGAUCAUUCAUAGCCAAGUAUGAUUCACUGGGCAACAAUUUUUUACUUUUUGAAUGUUGUCUAGAUUUCUACAAUUGAUUUAGGGUAUGUUUGCACUGCUGAAUCAGGAAAUGGCAUCCGUUUCUCUCCAUAAGGUCAGGUUUUUGUGCUAUGUUGAUUUGAAAAAAAUCAGAUCUUGUGACAAAAUCGAUUACAUUUUUGUGGCAUUAUCAGCUGAUUUUUGUCAACACAUAUCAUCCUAAAUAUGUUUUUAAGAGAAAAAAAUGUUUUUCCAACAACAUAUAUUGAUUACCUGAUAGAAACAUCGAUUACUGUAAACUGAAUGGUGGGCAUUGAUCAAGGUAAGUACACAUAAAUUGCAUGUUGCUUCACCAUUUUUCAAACUUCAGGGCUUGAACUUCCGUUUCUUGGAACUCCUGGAAUGCUCAGCGGCAGGGAGGUCUCUCUUCAGAGUCCAACAGUAGUCAGCCAUCAUGACUGCGUCCCAGUGACCCUGAUACCUGGUCUCCAUCUCUUUCAUGUCCUGAUGGAAUCUCUCCCCCUGCUCGUCACUCAUUGAACCCAGGUUCUCAGGAAACCAGUCCAUAUGUGAAAAUAGGUAGUGCAUCCUGACGCUCAUGUUGCAGCCCAGGUUUCUGAAAGCAGUCAGCAUGUUGUUGACAAGUUCUGCAUAGUUUCUGGCCUUAUUGUUGCCAAGAAAGUUCUUCACUACCAGAACAAAUGCCUUCCACGCUUCCAGUUCCACUUCGUUCAUUGUGUUUCCGAACUCUGGAUCUCUGAUGAGCUGACGGAUCUGAGGACCGUCAAAGAUGCCAGCUUUCAACUUCUCCAUGGUCAAUCCUGGAAAAGCCUGGCACAAGUAAGUGAAGCAGUCACCAUCCUUGUCCAGAGCCUUGGUGAACUGCUUGAUUAAGCCGAGCUUGAUGUGCAGCGGUGGGAAGAGUAUUCUGUCUCUGUCCACCAGAGGGUCGUUGAUGACGUUCCUUUCUUUGCAAGACACCAAUUCCUCCCGCACAGGCCAGUCCUUCUUCGUGUAAUGCUGAGCACGGUCCCUACUAUCCCACAUGCACAGAAAACAUGGGUACUUGGUGAAGCCAGACUGUUGUCCCAACAAAAAGUUCACCAUCUUCAGGUCAACACAAAUAAACCACUUAUGCUGAUCAUAACCAAUUUUCUCCAGCACAUACUUCACCGCUUCAUAGUUCUCCUUCAGUGUAGUCGAGUGAGCCAGGGGUAUAGAGGCAAACUGGUUGCCGUUGUGUAGCAGAACACAUUUCAGUGAUUGCUUGCUGCUGUCAAUGAACAGUCUCCAAUCUUUGGGUUCGUACUGUGGCACUCCAAGCUUGAGCAGAAGCUGUGCAAUAUCUGCACAGUACACCAAGUCCUUCUCUUCCGAGAAAAAACAGAGGUACUCUUGAUGCCUGUUGCGGAAGAAGCUGAUGCAAGCACUGUUUCCUAUACACUUCGUGGGGUGGCUGCCCCAUUAACUUAGUUUUGAUCCCCCAACUUUAUGCUUUGCCGCACCAAUUUAUGGAAGAUUUUGAGGUUUUAUGACUUCAAACUGAUCCCUUUUCGACAUAAUCACCCAGAACUAUCGGACCUGAAUACUUCUUGUCAUUAAAAUAAUCAUUUCCAAUCAAAACAAUUAUUCGACAUGGCAUUUUACCCCCACCAACUUCUUCUAAAAUGCUCCACACAAGCGUACAUGUGAACAAAAACGUAAAAAAACAACAUGUGGCCAUAGCUCAAAAACUUGACCUGAUUGAGCAAAACCAAUGUGAUUUUUGGAUUCAGCGCAUCAGAUUCGUCCCAAAUCAACUGAAAAAACGCAGACAAUAAAUUUGUUGUUGACCAGUGUUAUCUUCCAUGAACAUGGUUUUAACAGUGAGUCCGUAAAUGACUGUGGAGGCCAAUUCUGGAUCCACACGUCCUUCCACAGUGGGGACAUAGGUUUCCAGGUGGGAGUUGAUCAUGGUGAGGGUUUGCCAAACGUGCCUUCCUCCUAGCGUGUCUCCCUUUUGUCUUGAGUUUGAGCGUCUUCAAAACCCGUGACACCUUUGGUAAAGGCUGUUCUUCAAUUGGAGCGCUCACAGGCCAGUGUUUCCCAAUUGUCAGUGCUUACACUACAUUUUUAAAGAUUUGCCUUGAGAGAGUCUUUGAACCUCUUCUGUUGACCACCAGCAUUACACUUUCCAUUUUUAAGUUCGGAAUACAGUAGUUGCUUUGGAAGACGAUAAUCAGGCAUCCGCACAACAUUACGAAUCCAAUGAAGUUGGUGUUGAAGAAUCAUUGCUUCGACACUGGUGAUCUUUGCUUCUUCCAGUACACUGGUAUUAGUUUGCUUAUCUUCCCAAGUGAUGUGUAAAAUUUUUCAGAAUGUGCUCUUACAUACGGGGAGAAAUUCAGCACAAUUCACAAAGUCAAAUCUAUCAAAUCCAUAUAAUAUAAGAACGAAAACACAGUCAUGUUUCUAAACUCUCACUUUCCCAAAUUUUACAGUUGACAGAUCCUUCCAUCCCUAUGUUUCUCUGCUGUCUCAGGGUAGUGCUAGCAGGUUUGAUUUUGCUGUGGGUGACAGAACAUUGCUUGCUUAUGGGAUUCUUUUAAUAUUUAUUGCCUAUUACAAAUAGACAAGCAGAAGACAAGUGGGGACAAACUGCAGGACAAUAGAUCCACUAUGUCACAUCUGUUCCCCACAGAGGCCACAUGCUUUUUGCCAUCUCCCUGUCUCUGUCCCUCUUUCUUUCAAACUUCCCUUUGCUACUUCCUGUCUCUGACUGUUCAGCCAGAAGAACGUCUUCUUCUCCAAACUCUCACGGGGAUCUCAUUCACAAGCACAAAGAGUGCCUCAGAUUUUAAGAGACUGUCUCCCAACCAUUAGCUGACAAAACAAGAUGAUCCUGGAAUCUGAGCCAACAACCCAGAAAGGGAAAGAAAAACAAAAGGAAAGGUCAGCCAGGAGCUGUAAUUACAUUUUACUGAAUCAUUUGCUGCCUUUUUAAAAAAUGGUGUCUCAUUCUGCUGCCUGAAGUUACUCAUUUCAUUUUGCCCAAUGGUAGAGCUGGCCCUUCUUACUGGGGAAGGAAGGGGAGCAGUACGGAUGUGGAGGUUGGGAUACCUUAAUUCCCACAAACAGAUGAGAAGAACUGAGGAGCUACACUAACGAUGAAGAUGUGGAAAUCCAGAAGAUGCUCCUCUUUGACACCUGAGAUGCGUUCCUUCAGAGUCCAUCAAAUUCCUGUGACUAUAAUCUGUGACUAUACUGUAAAAUGUUUUCAAUUUUCAAUUGUUGUCACCUGCCUAGGACUUGCUAGUGAAGGGCAAGUAAUAUAUAGGAUGAUGAUAGUAGUAGUAGUUGUUGUUGUUGUUGUUUUGACACACUAUAGAAACUUCUUUUUGCUUCGUCAAACUUUGGGCAUAUGUCAGGGAACUGCCAUCAGUGCCGGAGGGAGAGAGCAAAAGCCAGAGGGAUUCCAGAGAGCGUCCAGGGAUCGGGAGAAGCAGCCCAUCUUCUGGGGAAGAGAAUCAGCGUAGCACCAGUGGAGAAGGGGGGCAGAUGGGGGAAGCGGCGAGGCGGUCCCAUGACUCCUUGCCUGGGACCAGCGGGGAGAGUAGGGGUCCUCCGUUGCCCACGCCCUCCUUGCGCAGAAGGCUUUCGCGCAGAGAGGGUAGGUGGAGACUAGGCGUCAAGGAGCUUCUUUGCUGGAAGAAGUUUAAGAAACGCCCACUGACGGAUUCUGCCAGCGACUGAGUCAGCCAUGGGUGAGUGGCGUCUGGACAGAUAAGGUUUACUUAGGCAGCCAGGCCAGUUGUUCGCACCCAGCCAGCGAGAUAGUUGCCUGCUUACGCACGAGCAACCCCUUAGAAACCUUUACAGCAUACAGUAGUUUGGUUUUUCUCCCCACUGGUGAGCAUUUAUAAUCCCUGCCUCUGUUUUUCAGCCUGAGGGGGGACAGAGUGGCAGGUUUGUGCUGUGAUGCUAACAUUUAAAAGAAGAAAUAAAAACUGCUGAGGUGUAUCUGUGAGUGGGUGCCAAAGAAGACUGAGGGCAGGAGAGGUUUUUUUCCAGUGACAGGCUUGUGUUUUGUUUUCCUCAGGUGUGGACAAGACCGUGUCAGUCAUCCUGAACUACUCAGGAAAUCGCCAGGCUGUCCUCACCUGCACCAUGACAGCCAGGAUGCCAAAUCGAGCAAGCAUUAACGGCACCAAGGGCAUGAUCGAGGUAACUCCUAGUUUCCAAUCCAGGGGCUAAGGCGGUCUGAGGGGGGAAAUUGCACCUGGUUUGUUAAGUUGUAGAUGAACAUAUUAGACGACACAGCAAUUCUUCAAACAGUUCUUGUUUAUUCACAAGCCAGAACAGAACUGAACUGGAGGGUUCAGCCAGCCUGCUUAUAUAGAGCUCCACUACAACGCAACAGUAACUACUUUCUGUAACUAUCCAAUCACUGAACGUCACUUUCAGUCCCUUAUUUGCCUAUGUGGACCUGAGUGAAAACUAUGUACAGUAUCCCCCUGCUGGCCCAGGGUGAGAACUUCAGUACAUAACAUGGUUAGAAAUGUAUUUUUUCAACCCUGACCCCCCACCCCCAAUAUUGUUGGACUACAACUCUCAUCGUCACCAAGCAUUGGCCAAACAGGCUAGAGACGAUGGGAUUUGUAGUCCAAUAACAUUAGGGGACCCGGGGUCAAAGAACAGGAAUGGAGGCAGCCCUGUGCUGUAAUCCGAAAUGGACUCCUUAGCUGGAAAGCAAUGUCACAUUUAACUCCCAUAUUUAAGGCACUAUGAUACCACUUUAAACAGCUGUGGCUUCCCGCAGAGAAUUAUGGGAACUAUAGUUUGUUAAAGGUGUUGAUAGGCAACUCCCAGAGCUAGAUUUCCUAGAGUGGUUUAAUCAUCUAUUCCUCUUCUAAAGAAGAAAUGGGACAUGUAGCUCUGGGAGGGGAAUAUGGGGUCUCCUGACAGUUCUCAGCAUCCUUAGCUCCCGGAAUCGUUUGGAGGAAAGCCAUGACUGUUUAAAGCUUCCUUACAUGUAGGGUGUGUGAAUAUGGCCCAAAUGUUGUAAUAGAAACACUUUAUAUGUGAAGAAGGGCAUUCUAGGCAGACAGGGAGAAGGAAGCAGGAGCUAGAAUAAUACAGGGUGGCGUUGUCCGUUUUCUUUGAAGGUGGCUGUGCAAAGCCAGUUUUGUGGCAUAGGCAGGCGCACACACCCUCCCCAGUUUUCUCUCAGUUCCCUUGCUUCCUGCCAGAUUCCAUCUCACUUCUGGUGCCCAACCGAGUUGGUGGUCAACGGGGAGAGAGAAGAGUUUCCCCUGCCUCCCCCGUCCCAGAAAAUGCACUUCCAGAACAGCACCGGCCUGCGCUACGAAGCGGAGCAUGUCCGGCAGUGUCUCCUCAAAGGUAACAGUUCGAAACACCACUGACUCACUUUUAUUAGAUUGCCUGGGGAGAAAUUCAAUAAGCCACGUUUUUUAAAAACAAACUGGAGGGAGUAGAGUGAGAGAAGGGGGAAAGUUUGCUUCAAAACCAGCCUUUGGGACUACAUCCACUGGUCCAGGUCCCCCAGUGAGCUUCCUGGCCAAGUAGGAAUUUGGAAACCUGUUGUGUGUUUUUUUAGCCUUCUCUCCUCCCUUUCCACAUCUUCUAGGUUUGAAAGAAAGUCCCAUCCUGACACAUGCGGACAGCGAACUGGUCAAUUCCAUCCUGGAGGAAGCUCGCCUACAAGUGGGUGUGUUUUACCCUCAGGACAAAGUGUGACACACACUCCAUUACCACUCCCCCUCCUGCAAGACCCCAUAUUCAGUUUCAAAAAAUAAAAUUGCAUGCAGAUGGACUUCAGCUGUGGUACAGACAUGUAUGUCCAAUAAAGCAAAUCUUGCCAAUUU